AUGGCACAGAACUUCGCGGAACAGUGGCGAAUCCAUACACGGUUUACAGAAAACUUCAAGGCGCGCAUGCGCUGAUAAUACGAAUGAUCAAAAUUGGUGUGUGACAAAUACAGUGAAGUGUGACCCAUAUAAAUUGCGCUUAAUGAUUUUAAUAAAUUUCACAAACAAUAGAUAAAUAAAAGGAGGCUGAGAUGUGGACGAGAUUAGUUUUAAUUAUUUUUUUACUCACAAAUGCCAGUCGCGUCUCGCAUGCGCAACGUGGUAAUAUCAUAACAACUUUAUUCGAAUUUUUGCGACGUGGCCAAAAUGAUCUAAAUAUCGAACAUGUGGACGAUAAUGUACAACUCUUAAAUGAGUAUGAUUUUAUUGUCGUCGGUGCGGGCACGGCGGGUUGCACGCUAGCGGCGCGUUUGUCCGAAAAUCACGCUUGGAAGGUGCUGCUGAUCGAGGCCGGUGGCCCCGAAAAUAUGGCUAUGGAUAUACCAAUCAUGGCACACUUCCUACAACUCACAGAAAUAAAUUGGAACUACCGCACGCAGCCGUCGAACAAGUAUUGCCUCGCCAUGAACAAUCGCCGUUGUAAUUGGCCGCGCGGCAAAGUCAUGGGCGGCUCAUCGGUGCUCAACUAUAUGAUGUACACACGUGGCAAUCGGCGCGACUAUGACCGUUGGGCAGCGUUGGGAAAUGAGGGUUGGAGCUACGGCGAAGUGUUGCCUUACUUUCGAAAAUUCGAAGGCUCCGAAGUUCCCAACGCUGAACGUGAUUAUGUGGGGCGUCAAGGGCCAGUGAAAAUCGGGUAUCCGGCCUGGCGUUCGCAGAUCUCAGCGGCUUUUGUGCAAGCCGCACAGGAGGAUGGCUUGAAGUACCGUGACUACAAUGGGCGCAUACAAACCGGCGUAUCUUAUCUACAGGCCACAAUACACAAUGGUAUGCGCUGGAGUUCCAAUCGCGCCUACCUCUAUCCGCAUAAAGGCCAACGUGCCAAUUUGCAUGUGAAAAAAAAUACAUUAGUUACUAAAGUGUUGAUAGAGCCGCGUACAAAUACUGCUUACGGUGUGAUAUUAAGCACUGGCGGUCAAUCUUACCAGGUGCGCGCAAGAAGAGAGGUGAUACUAAGCGCAGGCGCCAUCAACACACCACAGCUGCUAAUGCUCUCCGGUAUCGGACCUGCGCAGCAUUUGCGCGAUGUGGGCAUUAAGCCAAUUGUAGAUUUGGCUGUCGGCUACAAUCUACAGGAUCACAUUGCGCCAGCAGUUUCGUUCACCGCCAAUGUUAGCUCCAUCAGAACUACAGAUUACUUCGAAACUAGCAAUAUAAUGAAAUACAUAGAUGGCAAGGGAGUAUUCGGCUUACCGGGCGCUGUAGAAACAAUCGCGUUUUGGGAUAUGGGACAACCGGGGCUAGAGGAUGGUUGGCCUGAUUUGGAAAUGUUUCAAAUAGCCGGGUCCUUUGAUGAGAACCCGGCGACUCUGCGCGCUUUUGGCAUACAGCCGGACACCUAUAACACCAUGUUCGGUAAUGUCAAGAGCGACGGUUUCAUGAUAUUUCCCAUGAUCCUGCGUCCCAAGAGUCGUGGUCGCAUUAUGCUUAAGAGUAAUGAUCCUUUCAAAUACCCGCUUUUGUAUGCAAACUACUUUGCCCAUCCCGACGAUUUAGAUAUAGCAGUGCGCGGUGUGCUAAAGACAAUUAGUUUGAUAGAAAAGCCCGCAUUUAAGGCAAUUAAUGCGCGUAUGUUAGAACGUGUUAUGCCCGGUUGUGCUAAAGUGCCAUAUAAAUCGCGCGCCUACUGGGAGUGCUACGUGCGACAUUUCACUUUCACCAUCUACCACUACUCCGGCACAACAAAAAUGGGACCGGCUACAGAUCCAACGGCUGUGGUUGAUCCAAGAUUACGCGUAUAUGGCGUCAACCAAUUGCGAGUGGUAGAUGCCAGUAUAAUGCCGCAAAUUAUAGCGGGACAUCCUAAUGGACCUGUGUUUAUGAUAGCAGAGAAAGCAGCCGAUAUGAUUAAGCAGGACUAUAACUAUAUUUGAUGACAUAGAAAGUUGUUAAGACUAUUAAAAAACAACGUCUGUCAUAGUUAACGAGUUAUUAGCAAAAUUUUCUCAGGUAUUUAAGAGAUGCUGUACUUAGGAAAAUAAAUUUACUUUAAGUUAUAAGACGUGUUAUCGCAACUACUAAAAAAAUAUCGCGUUAAUUAUUUAAGCCAUCUCUCUAUUGUGUUUGAGUAAUUCAGCAUUGUCACUCGAGUAUUCUUUCAGUCGUCGAGGUCAAAAAAGCGCAACGCAAGUUCAGUAAGCAAUUAAAAUAGUCGACUGCCGCGCCACGUCACAGCGCACGGUGUGUUGCGCAUUGCGCUUAACGUGUUCACCGUCAGGUAGCAACGGCACAAUGGCAUGAAAGCGAAAACGCAAAAGAACAAAGUUUGCCAUGCUUUACACGCAACAGCGCUUAGAAAAUCAUCGACUGUUGACACUUCACUUUCCAUAGACCAAAAAUAACACACACCAGCGCACAAUUACAAAGCACGCGAACGUGUGCACAAUGCCAGCGGCAACGGCGCGACGAGCAUAGGGAGCGACAAGCGCAUGAGUUUGCAAGUUCAACAACGUUAUCGCUGCUGGCGCAACUUAAUUUG